AAUUACUCUCACAGCAGAAUAGUCACCAGAUUAAUAGGUUUGCCCCAACAAAGUGAUGUUUCAAAAUGAUGCAGUUUUUAAAAAUCUGAAAAAAGCGUUGCAGUAAUAACCACGAAACACAAAAAUUGUUAAUUUUUUGCAUUUUAAAUUCUGUACUCCGUAGUGUCUUCCUGAACAAAUAUCAAAUGCACUACCGUCAAAUUAUUUCUGACGUCCAACUGUCUGUGUAGAGGAUGGUUGUUUUUUUAAUUACUGUUCAGAUAAAUUUGACAUCUUGCUUGCCGUUGCUUUUUGGUUAUGUUGCACAUGAGUAUGACAGGUGUAAAGACAUGAAAGGUGUGUUUAUUUGCAGCAUCUUUAUCACUCCCCUGUCUCCCUGUCUGUAUUAGUUAUUCUUGCUUUGUGGCUAUAUUCUUUGGAGUCACUCAAUUUUCUCGCUCUGUGGGUAGCUUACGCGGAGGGUCAGCGAUAGGUGCGCCGAGGAAAUCAGCGCGAUCGAUCAGUACGCCAUUGAUUCCUCAGGAAUCGUUGAGAUUAAAUGCAUACAUGUGAACAUUGUAAUAAUACUUAAUCUGCAAUAAUAUGUUGUGAAUGAACUGUCUAAUGAAAAAUGCAGUGUUCAAAUGUGGUUAUCAUAUAAUGCAAAACUGUUAUUUUCAUAUUAAUUAAAUGGAAACACUUAAAUAUGCUGCCUUUCUUUUGCAAACAUGGUCCUAAUAUUAACCAUUGCACACUAUUGCCUAUUAUAGGUGAGGAUGCGCAGGUUAAAUCUGGGGAAAUCGUGUGCGUGUUUGUCAUAUUGUAAAAGUCAAAACUGACUCUAGUGUUUGUAGAUAUGUCUUCGGAGAUGUAUGGGUAAAUAAAAACCACAUAUGCAGUACGAGUUCUCUUUGUAAACUAUAUUUCACUGAAACCAUUUUCCAGAUCUUACAAUAUAUUGCAUUGGCACUCCUUGUAUUCUAUGAAAUAUUUAAAUGUGUUUGUAUUGCAUAGUUAUCUCUCGUCCUCUCACACGUCCGGGCAAUGUAUUCAUAAAUAAAUUAUAUGCUCAGCGUUUCGCAAGGUUCAUUCAUGCAUCAUCGGGUACUAGUUAUUAAGGUUAUUGAUUGAAAAAAUUCUGUAACCGACACUAUUUUGUGCUUCACCAUUUUUUUAAAAGAAAAAUUGCAUAUUUAGACGAUGUUUUACUUCACUGUCAAAACUGUGCCUCACGGAUAGGUCAAUCGUGCGGCCAGUUUCAUGAAAUCUUAACGGCAGAGAAUGGUGCCACGCGCUUUCCAAAGCGCAGAAAUGAUGCAGAGUACAGCUCACGGUUGCCAUCUGUGGUUCCAGAAAAUAAUGCUUUUCCAUAGCCACUAGUCGGAAUGCUUUUUACUCUGUAGUUGACAAGACUUCAGGAUGCACGGUACCACACAGCCGCACUGGUGCUUGCGUUUACAAAAUCUUUGACAAAUCCAGUUAUUGGUUGCUUUGUGACGACGUUUUUACCAUGCACUAAAACACGUUUAUUAAAUUGGCUACGUUGAUUCAGUUUAACGUCUAAGGAUUUUUUUUUUUAUCUUCACAAUUUUUUGUUCUUACAAAGUCGUUUGCAUUGCGCUGGAUAAUGCUACUCUCCUGGUCAUUAUUGGAUUUUACUGGAGUACAAACCGCAUGAGAAACCGUGAAAAUGAAUCUUUCAGAAAUUUAUUUAAAAUUUGGACACCUGUUUUCAAAGAAUUUUUCUUUUUGGAGCCACCAUAGUAACCAGAGUCACAAUUUUCGGGAGGCGAUCCCUUUCACGGAUGACGUUUUGUUUGCAGGACAUGAGCCAGCUACAAUCGCAUUAGUAGUGAUGUACACUUUAUCAUUCACCAUCGGACUGGGGGGCAACAUUAUGGCACUGACAGUACUCACCAGGAGAAGAAAUCGCCUUGCCGCCGUUUCGGCAACCAGACGACUGCUCAUUAAUCUAGCAGUUUGUGACAUGAUGGUGGUGUGCGUAUGUAUGCCUGUCAACAUUGGUCACCAGGUAUAUAACGCCUGGGUUUUCGGGGACUUUUUGUGCCGAGCAGUCCCUUUUGUUCAAGCUGUGUCAGUGUCAGCGAGCGUUCUGAGCCUUGCCGUGAUCAGUCUUAACAGAUACUAUAGCGUUCACAAACCCCUACAUGCCAGGUCUUUUUUCACUGGCAGAAAAAUUCUUUGCAUGAUUUGCGUGGUGUGGACUCUGUCCUCGGGUCUGUGUUUGCCAUUGAUCUUCAUGAACAGGACAAAAACACUGGUGUUGAUGGACGGCAAGCAUGCCAUCACAGUGUGCAUGGAGAGCUGGCCCAAAGUCAAACUACGCCAGGGGUAUAACUUCCUAUUGUUCUGCGCCUUAUACGGAUUCCCUGUUUUAUUCAAUCUUGUGAUUUGUUUUCUGACUGGGAGAAAAUUGUGGUGCACCGGUGACAAAUUCAAAGAGUGCAACAAGUGUAAUCUGGUGCAGUCGGUGUCUCGGCAAAAAGUGCGCAAAAAAAUUGCCAAGAUGGUUGUCGCUCUGGUUGUCCUGUUCACUUUGUCUUGGCUGCCUCUGUACGUAGUUGACAUCUGGAUCGACUUCAACAUGCCAGAUGACGAACUGGACCACGUGAAGCACCAAUGGAUCCUGCAAGGGAGACCCUUUGCACAGUGGCUGGGUUUGACAAACUCGGCUCUUAAUCCACUGUGUUACUGCUUUGUGGGGAACCUGUAUAGGUCUGCGCAAAAAAUUAGAAAAAGCUACCGAGCCAAACUGUCCUCAGUCUUCAGCGUCCCACUACCGCAAUCUUCAACUACCAGUUCUGGCCCAGCGCUUUUAUCUUACAGCCGCCCUUGCUCGGAAAAAUGCGGGGCGGAGAUGCGCGCAUGGCGCACCUGUGCAGGUUUCACUGCCAAUUUGUCAAUAAGCAAAAGCUUGUCAUCUGUGACUGUGUGUGAAACUGUAUUUGACUAACACCAGAGGAGUCAAUUUGGAUACGUGGACCUGACCCAAUUGAAACCUUUGGAUCGAAUUAAAACGUCAUGGUUAGGGACCAAAAAACUUAAAAUGAUACAUUCAUCAUUGGAUUAUGAAGUGUUGUGGUUUACAUCUUAUUGAUUGUAACAACGGAUAGCGCACACCGUCAUAUUGCUAAGUACACUUCUGCAUUGUUGUGGACAGAUAUUCAUUGUUCAGCGUGUUGUUUGACAUGUUUAUAUCUGGAAACUUAAAUACAUAAAUAUAUAAUGUUUAAAAAUGUUCAUGACUCGUGUUGAAUCUGUUGUGAUCUAAUUAAGUAGGUGUUAGCAUACAGUGCACAGCAGGUACAUGAAAAAAACGAAAUGCGUAAAUCUGAAGACGUUUACGAAAUUGUUAUCAGUCGCUUAGAUUAGUGCAGUGCUCUUUUUACUGGCCUGUCAAAAAUCUUUUGAAAACCUGCAACUUAUCCAAAACAGCGCGGCCAGAAUUUUAACUAAAAAAGAGAGCAUAUUACUCCUGUUUUAUCUGCACUGGACUGGAUCCCUGUAUCUUAUAGAAUUGAUUUCAAGGUCCUUUUACAGGUAAAGCUCAGAACGGUGAAGUACCUUCUUAUACUGCCUCUCAUUUUAUGUUCCACCACGUGCUCUUAGAUCCUCCUCCGUGGGCCGUUCCAUGCACGAAAAUUAAUGCACCUAAAUCCCUCAGAGAGGCAGAAUUGUGUGGGAAUUAUUAAGAAGAAACUGAAGACUUUCCCUUAUAACUUGACCUAGAACUAGUAGCACCUAUUUUAUUAUUUUUAUUUAUUCUAGUUAUUCUACUUUAUUCUCAAUUUAUUUCUACUUAUUUCUGUCUUACUGUAUUUAUUGUGUAUUCUUGUAUUCUGUUUUGCUUGGUUUUAUUUAGUUAGUUUUUUAUUCUUGUCCAUAAAUGUGAAACACUUUGCACUGCAUUUUAUGUAUGAAACAUUCAAUAUAAAUAAAUGUUAUUAUUAUUGUUA